GCGAGACCAGUGUGUUAGUUCACUGAGGAGCUUUACGCUGGUUUGAAAGAUGUGUAGAGUGAUGGCUUCUCACAAGCGAAUCUUGGGGGUUCUGAGAAAAAGACCAGCCCGGAGAAACCUGUUUGGGCCUGUGGACCGAGAGCAGCUACAGGUGGAGUACCAGGCUGCCAUGCGUAGCGACCUUCAGGAGGCUUCAAAGCGGUGGGGCUUUGACUUUAGCUUGGACAAGCCUCUGGAGAGCAGUGAUUUCCAAUGGGAAGGUGUCCCGAGCACUAGGGUGCCUCUGCUCUACAGGUCCUGUUUGCAGGAUCUCGGACAAGCUGAAGGCCAAAGGUCAGCAGCGACAGUUACUCCCAAGAGAGGGAGGGUGGAGACGGCACAGAGCGAGAAGGAGAACAUCCCCGGUACGCCGGGGAAAUGCACGCACAGCCAGGAGAUGCUGGAGAAAACACCGGAGAAGGGCGAGAACACGGGGCUGAAGAGGAAGCAGACGAACAUCACAGAUUUCUACCAGGCUAAAAGAAGAGUAGUGUGGAAGCCCCGCAAAUCCGGCGAGUGAUGUUCGGUGGAGAAACGCCAAUAUGCCAAGAGAACCUCACAGACAGGGCCACGCUCAGGAAUCACACGUCCCGCACAGACUCUGGCCGUGCACCCAGGAGGGACCUCAACCACACGUCAAUACAAAACACUUAAUUAGGGUACUGUAGUCACUCUGAGGAGAUUGGUGUUUUUUUCCCUCAGUGGCAAGAAUGCGACAUUUGAGCAGAGAAGAUUAACAGUAAUCUCUGGAAUCAGUGGAUUUACACUCAUUUGGGGAAGGGGGGGGGGUGCCAAAGUGUUGCCCGACUGCACAUUCAGCCGCACUGAAAGCACACUCACAUCUGUUGGAGAUGUGUCGAUUAAAAUCAUCCAGCCUCAUCAUGUCUGUGAGCUGAGAGGACAAAGCUCUUUGGCUCCGUAGUUCAAAUCCAUUAUUGUUUUUCUACAGCAUUUUUUCUACUUGUGUAUCACAAGGGUUUACCAGUCGUCUUCUUUUUUUUUACUUUCCGAAGUAUGUUAUACUUUUUAUGUCCAGCUGCAUACAGUGCUUUUAUCGACCAUCUUUUAAUCAAAGGAAGAUGCUUUAGGAGUUCUGACAUCUCAAACACGCAGUUGCUUUGCUUAGAUUGUAAAAGACAGAAGUGCCAUCAUGUCCUCUUCCAUCCUUUUCCAUCUACUUUACGUCAGCUGAUUUUUGAUGUCCUUCGGCUGCCCAGACUCUGAUACUGAAAACGCAAACUAGGAACACUUAAACACGUUUAUUUAGUUAUAUAUGUAUAAGAGAUUUAUCUAUAAAGUUAAAUAUGGCAUUGUCAGGUAGCAUAAUCAUUUAAACUGCAGUGUUGCACAUAAACACCCAGUAUCAAGUGCCUUUACUGGCAUUUGUUUUUGGUAUUUAAAGUUCCUUCAUCAUAAGCAAAUGUAUACUAAGCUAAAAUGUCACAUUUAUUAUUUUCACUGUGCAAUCUA